GAUGCUGGGGGAGAGGAACCGGCUGCCCUUCGGGAGACUGGGUCAUGAGCCCGGGCUGGUGCAGUUGGUGAAUUACUACAGGGGGGCUGACAAACUCUGUCGCAAAGCGUCUUUAGUGAAGCUAAUCAAGACAAGCCCAGAACUGGCUGAGUCCUACACGUGGUUCCCUGAGUCCUAUGUGAUUUAUCCAACUAAUCUCAAGACCCCAGUUGCUCCAGCACAGAAUGGAAUCCAGCCACCAGUCAAUAACACCAGGACAGAUGAACGAGAAUUCUUCCUGGCUUCUUAUAACAGAAAGAAAGACGAUGGAGAGGGCAACGUUUGGAUUGCAAAGUCAUCAGCUGGUGCUAAAGGUGAAGGCAUUCUCAUCUCCUCGGAGGCUUCAGAGCUUCUUGAUUUUAUAGACAACCAGGGCCAGGUACACGUGAUCCAGAAAUAUCUUGAGCACCCUCUGCUUCUUGAGCCAGGUCAUCGCAAGUUUGACAUUCGAAGCUGGGUCUUGGUGGAUCAUCAGUAUAAUAUCUACCUCUAUAGAGAGGGUGUGCUUCGAACUGCGUCAGAACCAUAUCAUGUUGAUAAUUUCCAAGACAAAACCUGCCAUUUGACCAAUCACUGCAUUCAAAAAGAGUACUCAAAGAACUAUGGAAAGUAUGAAGAAGGAAAUGAAAUGUUCUUUGAGGAAUUCAAUCAGUACCUAACAAGUGCUUUGAACAUUACCCUGGAAAGUAGUAUCUUACUACAAAUCAAACAUAUAAUAAGAAGUUGCCUCCUGAGCGUGGAGCCCGCCAUCAGCACCAAGCACCUCCCUUACCAGAGCUUCCAGCUCUUCGGCUUCGACUUCAUGGUGGAUGAGGAGCUGAAGGUCUGGCUCAUUGAGGUCAACGGCGCUCCUGCUUGUGCUCAGAAGCUUUAUGCAGAACUGUGCCAGGGCAUCGUGGACAUAGCCAUAUCCAGUGUCUUCCCACCCCCAGACAUGGAGCAGCCACAGACCCAGCCAGCCGCCUUCAUCAAGCUGUGAUGGAGGGGUGCUCAGAGCUGCCUUGGAAAGAGCACGAGUUCCUGGGCCAGGGGAAGGUGAAAUGACCAGAUUGCUUGUUAUCAAGCUGAAACAGGAGAAAGAAAGGUGACUCGCAAAGCGUGGCAGAAGAAGGCAUGUGAGCAGAGGAGGUGAUCCUGGAAGAGCGGGUUGCUCAGGGAGUUCCCAGGUGGAGUUCCCCACAGUGCUGCUGAGACUUUUGAAAACUGAAGCAGAUGUCUCUGAGGCGAAAGCAAAAUAUUCCUCUAAAGGGGAAAAAACAGGGAUUUGGUUAUUUUGUGUUCUCAUCCUUUAAAACAACCUUGGUACCUGAAGGCAGCCUUGUCAACAGAGGUCCCUCCCUCCUCCCUGGGGACAGCAGGCCGCUGGGACCUCUGGUCAGUGCUCCCACCUGCUGCAGCCCUAGUGCCUUAGCUCCAUGCCCAGCAGCAGCCCACUUGUUCUGGGACAUGGAUUGGAUGUCAGAGCGUUUUGAGGUUGCCCAUGUGUUCCCCGCUUAUCCUCUCCAUGAUACUCUGCCCCACUAAACUCUGGACAAGCAUGCACCAACGGUCCUUAGUUUUGUGCUGUGCACCGGCCUGUCGGUGAAAGUGGUUUUCCUCGUCGCCUUUCUGACGGCGUUUGGUCGAUCACCUGUCAGGGUUCGUGUGACUUGGGCCCCCAAACAGCAUAUGCUGCUCUAGGUCUGCUCUCUGCAUGUUUUAGAAACAAAGUGGCAAGUCUGCCCUGAACCUGUAAGCAUCAAAUAAGCAUGAGAGAGAAAAAACCAUGAUAUCUUGCUUUACUUAACUAAGUUGGAUAUGGUGGAUCUUUGAAAACAUGUUGAUUCUCAGUUAACUUUGUUUUAACCAGAAUUCUAAAUGCAGUUUUGCAAAGAUCCCUUUU